AUGGACUCCAAUCAUUCCAGCAAAGGGGUGGGAGUCGCUGCAAACAUCGACCCCCACGAUCUCAAGGAAGACAUCUCCCACAAUGAAGAUACCCUACGUACGGUGGAACUUUCGACCCUUGGCCUCGCUCAGGAAACGGAGCGAGACAUCGGACCCAUUGAUAUCAUCUGCGUCGGAUGGAACAUCUGCAAUAGCUGGGCUGGCGUCGCUGCUACUCUCGCCCUGACGAUCGCACAAGGUGGCUCUGUCACCGUGAUAUAUGGUGUCAUCGUCUGCUUCCUGAUGGUUGGUUGCAGUGGCUUGACGAUGGCGGAGCUCAGUUCAGUUUAUCCAACCGCCGGUGGACAAUAUCAUUGGACAUCGAUCUUGACGCCGGCAAAACCCUCUCGUGUUCUAAGUUAUAUCUGUGGAAUCACCAACGUAUAUGCUUGGAUAUCGACAACUGCCGGAAUCGCUAUCAUCAUUCCACAGGUUAUUCUGGGGAUCGUAAUAUUCUGGCAGCCCGAAUACGUCCCUCAAACAUGGCAUUAUUUCCUCCUCUACCAGGGUAUCAAUCUUCUUUCGUGCGUGCAUAACAUAUUUACACUAAAGAAGACCAUGUGGGUGAACGACGUCUCUUUCGUUGUCACCCUUGCCGGAUUCUUCACCAUAAUCGUAACAUGCCUUGCUCGAGCACCCACCAAGCAGAGUACUGAGCUUGUUUGGACAAACUUUGUCAACGAGAAUGGUUGGUCUAAUGGGAUUGGUUUUCUGACCGGCAUGAUCUCUCCGAACUACAUGUACGCCGGGAUAGAUGGAGCCAUUCACCUUGCUGAAGAGUGCCGCAAUCCUGGCCGAGUGGUUCCUAGAGCUAUCAUUAGUACUCUAACGAUCGGAUUCACCACGAGCUUCACAUUUGCAGUCGCCAUGACAUACUGCAUUCAGGACUUUGAUGCUGUCAUCGGCACUUCUACGGGCGUUCCGAUCUAUGAAAUCUGGUAUCAAGCCACUCGUUCUCGGACCGCAGCGACAGUUUUUAUGGCAAUUCUUCUCACGGCAGCCGUUGUCGCUUUGAUCGCUGUGCAACAAACCGCCUCACGUCUCACCUGGUCGUUUGCUCGAGACAACGCACUCAUUGGUUCGAAAUGGAUCGGUAAUAUCCACCCAUCGCUGGGUGUUCCGGUCUGGGCUCUCGUUGCCAAUAAUGCCAUCGUGUUCAUCAUCGGCUGCAUAUUCCUUGGCUCCUCAACAGCCUUUAACGCAUUUAUCGGUACUGGCCUGAUAUUACAACAACUUACAUAUGCAAUCCCAGCUGCAUUAUUGAUGUAUCGGAAAAGAUCCACCCGUUUCCUGCCCUCAAACCGGCCGUUCAGACUCUUUAACCCAUUCGGCUGGGUUGUCAAUUUCUUUACCGUUGCUUUCGCGAUCGUGGUCCUCAUCUUUUAUGAUUUUCCCGUCAUCCUACCAGUGACCGGAUCCAACAUGAAUUAUACCUCGGCGGUGAUCGGAGUCAUGGCUAUCUUCGCAGCAAUCAAUUGGGUCAUACACGCACGUAAAGUGUACCAUGGACCUAGAUUGGCAGAGUUCUGA